AUGAGGGGACACGUCAGCCACGGACAUGGCCGAGUCGGAAAGCACCGAAAGCAUCCCGGUGGUCGAGGUAUGGCCGGAGGUCAGCAUCACCACCGAAUCCUCAUGGACAAAUUCCACCCGGGAUAUUUUGGAAAAGUGGGUAUGAGAAACUUCCAUUUGAAGAAGAACCCUAGACAUUGUCCGACUAUCAACAUCAGCCAGCUGUGGAAUCUGGUUCCAGAAGAACACAAAAAGGCAUGUGAAGGGAACAAGAAAGCGCCAGUGGUGAAUGUACUGAACCACGGAUUUUUCAAGGUCCUGGGCACUGGACUUCCGCCAACCAAGACCCCAAUGAUCGUGAAGGCGAGAUUCUUCAGCAAAACGGCAGAGCAGAAGAUCAAGAAGGCUGGCGGUGCUUGUAUUGUUACUGCGUAA